AAUCUGUUAUAAAAGAAGCUGAUGAUGACAGUGAUGAUGAUGAUGAAGAUGACGAAGAUGAUGAUGAUUCUGAAGUUAAAGAAGAAAAUGGUGUAUUAAUCUUGAAUGAUGCAAACUUUGACACCUUUACUGCAGACAAAGACACUGUGCUGCUGGAGUUCUAUGCACCAUGGUGCGGGCAUUGCAAGCAGUUUGCUCCUGAAUAUGAAAAGAUAGCCAAAACUCUGCAGGAAAAUGACCCUCCUAUUCCAGUUGCCAAAAUAGAUGCUACUGCAGCCACUUCACUAGCAAGUCGUUUUGAUGUUAGUGGCUACCCAACCAUCAAGAUCCUGAAGAAAGGCCAGCCUGUUGACUAUGAUGGCGCUCGGACAGAAGAUGCAAUUGUGGCCAAAGUCAAGGAGGUUUCUGACCCCAAUUGGACCCCUCCACCAGAAGCUACGCUGGUAUUGACCCAGGAUAAUUUUGACGAGGUUGUGAAUGAUGCCGACAUAAUCCUGGUGGAGUUCUAUGCUCCAUGGUGUGGGCACUGCAAAAGGCUUGCUCCAGAGUACGAGAAGGCUGCCCAGGAGCUCAGCAAGCGCACGCCUCCGAUUCCCCUGGCUAAAGUCGAUGCCACUGCUGAAACUGAGCUCGCAAAGAAGUUUGAUGUUACUGGCUACCCAACCCUGAAAAUAUUCCGCAAGGGCAAAGCUUAUGACUACAGUGGUCCACGGGAAAAAUACGGUAUUGUCGACUAUAUGAUUGAGCAGGCUGGGCCUCCAUCCAAACAGAUUCAGGCUGCCAAGCAAGUACAGGAAUUCUUGAAGGAUGGGGAUGAUGUCAUCAUCAUUGGUGUCUUUAGUGGAGAGACUGACAAAACCUAUCAGCUCUAUCAGGAAGCAGCUAAUGGGUUAAGAGAAGAUUACAAGUUCCAUCACACCUUUAGCAACGAGAUUGCGAAACUAUUGAAAGCAUCUCCAGGAAAACUGGUUGUCAUGCAGCCAGAAAGAUUUCAGUCAAAGCACGAGCCCAAGAUGCGUGUUUUGGACCUUAAACAGGACUCCACAAAUGAAUCGGAGAUUAAAGAGCACGUGGUAAAAUAUGCUUUGCCUCUAGUUGGCCAUCGCAAGCCUUCCAAUGAUGCUAAAAGAUAUGCUAAACGUCCUCUGGUGGUUGUCUAUUACUCUGUAGACUUCAGUUUUGACUAUCGUGUUGCUACCCAGUACUGGAGAGGCAAAGUCCUGGAAGUGGCAAAAGACUUCCCUGAAUACGUGUUUGCUGUUUCUGAUGAGGAAGAUUAUUCUUCUGAAAUAAAAGAUUUGGGCCUGCUUGAGAGUGGGGAGGAUGUCAAUGUGGCCAUUCUGGAUGAAGGUGGCAAGAAAUAUGCCAUGGAGCCAGAAGAGUUUGACUCUGAUGUACUCAGGCAAUUUGUGUUGGCAUUCAAAAAAGGAAAACUGAAGCCUAUUGUGAAAUCCCAGCCAGUACCAAAAAACAACAAAGGGCCUGUGAAAGUGGUAGUGGGUAAAACUUUUGAUACCAUAGUCAUGGAUCCAAAGAAUGAUGUUCUCAUAGAGUUCUAUGCCCCGUGGUGUGGACACUGCAAGAAACUAGAACCAGUGUACACCGAGCUAGGUAAAAAAUACAAGAAUGAGAAAAACCUGAUCAUAGCCAAGAUGGAUGCUACUGCCAACGACGUGACGAGUGACCACUACAAAGUGGAGGGAUUCCCCACUAUCUACUUUGCUCCGAGGGACAAGAAGAACAACCCUAUUAAAUUUGAAGGCGGGGACCGAGAUUUAGAACAUCUGAGCAAAUUUGUAGAGGAGCAUGCCACAAAACUCUCCAGAGCAAAAGAAGAGCUUUAGAUAAGAUGAGGGUGGUGAAGAAAAAUUGUUUGUACAUUGUAGUUAAAAGCAAGUUACUGACAAAACUUUGAGAGAAGAAUUAAGCAAGGAAGUUGUUGAGCAGUAAAGUAAUUACAGUAUCUUAUUUUUACAAGGCAGAAGAGUUUUUCUGGACACUGAACUUCUCUGAUAUGAAUGUCUUACCUUAGUUAUGGUUUUGAUCUUUGGAGAAAAAUACAUCCUUUAUUUUUUUGUGACUA